UUUGGACUUCCGUUGUCGCGACUCUCAUUAGACGGCUCUGGUUUGCACACGCGCGUGAGCCAAUGAGGUAACGGUGAUGCACCCGGAAGUACAACGGCAAUGGUAAACACAGCCGAGGCAACUGCUUGAAGAUGGUGUACGUGUCCAACGGUCAGGUCCUGGACAGCAGGUCCCAGUCACCGUGGGGACUGUCUUUACUGGUCGAUCUCUUCUGGGGAGCAGUGGAGUUUAUCGGCCUGUUUUUCAAGACGAUGAUUCACCCGGACCUGACAAAGGACGGAAAGAGUGGUUCGUCGAGCUUCACUGAUGGCAGAGGUCCCCCAGGUCCCCCUGGAGGCAGGAGGCGGAUGGGAAGAAUAAACCAUGGUGGAGGUCCCAAUGCUCCACCAAUGGGUGGAGGAGGAUGAGGAAGGUGA